UACCAUCAUGUGAAUAUCUAUCUUCCUCAAAUUCACACAACUGUGCCAUUAUAUAGCCAUAUCUUCGCUGUCCUGCCUCUUGCUCAUCCCAUUUUGCUAGAUCAUUCCCCAUGAUGACUGACGCACCCCCAUCCAACGCCUUUCCGGACCUUUGCAGUCCUGACGAUCACAGUCAAUCCGACAUAGUACGGGGGAACAUGAGCUUCGAGGAACAGCAACAACAACAAAUGUCAAGGGCUUCCUACUCUCUUACUCCUCAAAUGAAUCAAAUGGAUACGUAUGACUAUGCGGGUCCCGUUGAAUUACCUGGUCAGCUACAGUUCGGGUUCAGUGUACCUCGCAUCGAUACGAAAGCUCUUGGGUCAAUGACACCGCCGACUCCCUCUUACUCUUUGGUACCAGAUGGUCGUCUUCGCGUCCAUGCACCCCCAGGAACUCCACUAUCAAACAUUCAAUAUCAUACAUUCUCACCUUCAAAUUCGAAGGGCCUGUCCCCUAUUCCCUCCCCAAUGUCACCCAAUUCGCCCGCUGUCAUGGGUAGCUCUGACGAGGGGUCUUUUUUGCAGGCUUUCGACGAUGACGAGGACGAUGCCCCUCAACCAAUGGAACAUGUUGUAAAAUGGAAGGCCAUUCGCGACCAAGCGAUCGUCGCCACAGGCACCACUGUCUACAUCCCUCAGUCAAUAUAUCAACCAUACACAGAGGCCGAUCGUGUCCGCUACAUCGAGAAAGCCGAUCUUAAGGAACCCAUCAUCUUUAAGACAGCGCAUCCCGGCCAAUGGGGCAUAGCACUCGAGGAUGCCUGCAGAGCUAAGAUGCAAGACCUUCUCGAUAAAGAUGACAAUAUGUUGGAGGACUGCGGACCCUCUGUGUCUAUCCGGCUUCAGUGGCCUGGGUACCGUGCGUGGACAAAACAGAUCCCUACGAUGGACUUCAAAAGCCCGAAGGGUCCUAUCACCAGAGCUAAAUUGGCUAAAAACAUCGCACACUGCGUAAAACGAUUCAUCGACGAAAAGGAAAAUGAACGUAUGAAAAUGGAAGCAGACCGUAGAUGGAGGGUUGGAGCACGUCACAUCAGGGUGGAGGACCUUAUUUUGGUGUCCCUGCACCACAUCUCCAAGGACAGUUGGCAGCCUCAGCUACGCCUACGCACUCCACUGAGCGAAAUUCAACUCCGGCGUCUUCAACCUCCAGCCCCGCAUUCCGUUGCAUAGACUCACAUCUAUUCACAGAGGUGAAGAUAAUUCUUCACCAAUUUCAAUGCACGAUAUGCGUUGAGUAUCCUGGAUGCCAUCUGGAUGACACCCUGCCUGUUCCGCUCGAGCCUUUGGCAUUCGCUUGAUUUCUCUAAUGCCUCAUUGGAAACGUGCAUUUCGCUCUUUGAUAUGUUUUCUCAAAAUGUGCUAAUGUUUAUGGAGUGUCACGUUUUAGAUACGUUUUGCGCGAGCCUCUCACUGCCGCUAGACUCAUAACUUUUUAACACCGGGCUUUCAGGUUUCCGUUCUUUACUCUCUCAUCGUACUGCUUGCUGUAUAGUGUUACAUUCCGCUCUAGGCUUUUCUUACUGCAUUAUAACUAUUUCGAUAGCUAUGAACAUUCAAACGACCUCGUUGAAUAGGAUAUCGUAUACAGUGUACACCGUCUAUAUAUAUAUCACUUGAGGAACGGUUAAAUAUGAAUUUGUGUGCCUGGUCAA